CCGUUUGAGUAAAUAAGAGCGGAUUUACUUCAAGAUAGUCUCUGACUCUGUCAGACAGUAUAGAAGUAUGGUGCUUUUAACAGAUUUUUAAAAUUUUCCGGAAUUAAAAGGAGUGAAAUAUCUCGCUCGUGUUUUAAUCAACAUUCACAUUCAACGCCAUUCAUUACAGUUCAAGUGAAAAAAUUGUCCCCACAUUUAGCGUUGUCGGCUAUUUUUCACAGCAGUUUUAGAAAAUGGACACAUCAUCUGAGGGCACUCCAACCACUCCCAAGGGCCGCAAGAAGAGAGGCAGAGCUUCAAGUGAGGCUGAAGCACUGAUGAAGGAGGUGGGUCUGGACAACAGCUCUGUGGAGGAAGAAGGAGGCUCACGACGACGCACCCGAGCUGCUGCUAAAGGAAUUGUCUACACCCCUCCCCCACCCAAGAGGCAGCGAGGAGCUGCUGCAGGUCGUAGAGGAAGAACACCCAAAAAUAAGAAAGCAGAUGAGAGCACUGAGGACGAAACUGGGGAUGAAGUUACCCCUGAGAAGAGUGAAGAGAAGGUCAGCAAUGACGCGGAAGAGAAGAUGGAAACAGAAGAAGAGAAAUCUGAUGACAAAGUAGAUGGUGAUGACUCCAAUGAUAAAAGUGCAAAGAAUGAUGGAGACAGUAAGAAAGGCGAAGAUAAUAAAAAGGAGGGUGAUAAUAAAAAAGAUGAAGAUAAUAAGAAAGACGGAGAAAAUAAGAAAGAAGAACAAAAAAGUCCUGUAAAAUCAACAUCCUCUGUCAAAGUUGCAUCUCCUGCUGCAUCACCUGCUAAAGUUGCAUCACCUGCGGCUUCCCCAGCCAAAGCGACAGAUACUUCCAAAUCCAAUGCAUCUCCCGCAAAAGCUGCUGAGUCCUCCAAGCCCUCUGCAGCAGAGGCUGCUUCUUCGCCCACCAAAACAGCCGCAGCCUCAAGUGAGAAUCAAUCAUCACCUGCAAAAGCUCCCGCCGCUCCUACUGCUGCUCAAACGAACACAUCUUCUGCCAAGGCUCCCGUCAGCAACAGCCAGAGUCCUUCUAAGCCAAUCUCAGCAUCUCCGGCCAAACCUGCAUCUGGUAACUCACCUGUCAGUUCUCCAGCCAAGCCUGUCAACAAUUCCUGUGGGCAGUCGCCAGUUAGACCCGCCGACUCUCCAAACAGUAUCAAUCGGCCGGCAUUGGGAGGUUUGAGUCCGGCAAGCAACAACCAGCAGACGCCUUCCAACGCCGCCCUAAAGCCUGCAGAGCAAACCAAGGCCGUCACUCCUGCUUCAGCUGCUGCACCUGCUGCCACACCCACCCCGGCUGCUGUCGCUGCUAAUGCCGCUACCGAGUAGUUCUCUGUACACUUUAUCUUCACUUUUAUGUUAAAUUGCAUACUUGCUGGAGGGACCAUUGUUCUACUGACAUCAGGCUUAAACUUAAUAGUUGGUGCUUGAAUUGAGAGCUUUCGAGCUCUGGACGUUUUAGAUAAUGUGUCUUGAUCAUGGACAAAAUUAAUUAUCUUGGUCUUAUGAUAUUUUCGUGCUAAGUACCAUCUUUUAAGUGUUCGCGAAAAAUUAAGUUCUUGAGAACUCUGUCACUCCAGCAGUUUUUUUUAUCCACUCCACGCGAAGGAUUUAGUGUAAGUUGAGCGCAUGGGAGCAAACUGAAGCCUGUUGAGGGAAACCGAUACUUAUUCUUAUUUAAACUUGGCCCCUUCCAAGAAAUAAAUGACUAUGAGCGAACCGUAAAUACGUUUCAAAUUUAUUAAUUGGAAAAGGAACAGUUAAAAAAGACGUUUGAGAGUGUUGACCUGAAUAGGCUCUUGUUUGCCUCUAUUGCUGAGCGUUGUCUUCGCUGCAGCCAAACGUCGGCUCUGGUGCGCCUCAUGUACAAAUUCUUAUAACGUACUUCAUAUUAUCGGCCUCUUAGUGACUGACUUGAAGAAAAUUUGAUACAUUUUUCCGCUGGGUAAAUUUAUCUCGUGCAAUUUGGUACAAAUUUUGGGUGGUAACAAUGCUGUUCUGAUGUAAGAAAACGUAUGUGAAAAUUAUUACCUUGAAAUUUUUAUUUUUAUCUGGUUAUGUUGGGUAUGGUCUUAGACGCUUUAUUUUAUAAAUUUGGGAGUCGGAUGUAUUGAAGCGCGUUUUUUUUUUCUAAAUUCGGUUAAUCAUCAUUGAUUUAUUCAGUAGAGGCGAUAGGCCGAAUAAUGAUAAUCUACUGGGACUCUAAAUGUAGACUUUAUUCUAAAUAAGAUAGAAGUCUGGGAUGCAUUUCAAUUAUGUUCAUUUGAUAACAAAAGUAGGCCGCCUAAUUUUCAUGGAAAUUCUCCGACGAUUUUCGAUUCCAAGGAUUUUUUUUCUUGAUGUAUUCCCAUUCGUUGAAGUUUUUUUUGGAGUUAUAGUUGUUUCCUCGUGCCUGCUUAUUUUUUUGAAGGGAAUAUCCUUACUUGCAAUUUAGCGAAUAAAUUAGCUGUCCUGAUUUGGUCGCAACUCGGCCUCAAUCUAAAAAUCUUAUCCUGACUUAGUCUUGUGGACAAAUUUUUGAGAAAAGUUCGUGAUUUAUU